CCCUGCCUACCUGAGGUCUUCCAAGGAUGCGAAACCACAAGAAGUCUUCCAGUAAGAAAGAAAUGGGCUGUUGGCAUGACUCAAAGAACUCUGGCUGCUAUGUCUCUGUCACAAGGAGAGAAAGAUGCAGCGUUGAUCAUAUUUGAGGAACUAUAGUUCUUCAUGUUUGGUUUAGCUAAGUAGUCAACGUUUAUCCUGUACAAUUACAGCUUCAGGAAGUCUUGCGUGUCCGGUUCAAAAAAUUGUCAUAUCAGCAAUUUUAGCUCUUUCCUCCAGGCUGGCCAUGCCUGACAUGGUUGUACUGCAAAUUUUACUGUUGCAAGUUCUGUGGCAGCAAUAAUCAGAACUCAGCUGAAAUCCCGUUCCUCAAAUCAUCCAACUGCAGAUGUGCCUCUGCCCAAAGAGCAAAACGAAACCUGCACUGUUUCCAUCAGGUUACUGACUUUGGAAAAAUGAAGCUGGUCACUGGAUUUCAUUGCCCUGCACAGAAAGGAAGAGCCGCCCAACACUGCCCAGCUGCAGCACCUCCAGAGAACGGUCUGACUGCUGCAUUGCAACCAGGACGGAUACCUGCUGUGGUGGAACACAGCCACGGCAAAAUGAGAUAAGUUGCCCUUCCAGCUCCUAGAGAAAAUGGCCCCCAUAUUUCAGACACGUUGGCCCUUGGCUCAGAGAUGCCAUUCAGUAUUUCUUGCAGCCUUUAGACCUCCCAUAUUGAUGCGAUUGACUUCUCAGCAGUCUUCCAGGAUGCUCUGCUGUUUCUCUCCCUCCAUCAGUCUUUUCUUUCCACCGAGAAGUCUAUGCAGACAAAUCUUCACCACUGACACAAUAGUGAGGGGUGGAGGGGAAAUGAAAUUAUUUCUUGGAAGUACUUCAGUGGGUUGUGUUCAAUGAUGCAGCUGUUAAAAUUAAAUGCAAACUGGAUGUUAAAAAUAUGACUAUUGAAAAAACAUUAAGCAGUAGCUUUAAUGAAUAGUUGACUGCCUGUAGCAUAAUUCACCUGGCAGGCUUGCUUUCACAUACAUUUCUUGUCUUCUGUAACUCCUUCUUUUGUUAAUAUUAAUGAACACAGAAUAAUUCUGCGUGUAAGACAAUGUGUGACUCUCUGAAAAUGGGAGCAGCAGGCACUGAACAUCUGUUCACCUCUGGGUGUUAAGAUCUGCUCUAGCAUUAAGUGUGGGUGUCUCUGGGUUGCUGACCUUUGCUGUGCAUCUUCCCUUGCUGCCCUGGGAAGUACAUCUGCAGCUGCAUCACAACAGGGCAAUUUCUGGGCAGGUGGGGAAAAAUGCAGCUUUUUGUGGAGAAAUUCAUAGUAAAGAGCAGGAUGUUGGUGGUUUUUUGUAUUUUUUUUUUUUUUUUUUUUUUAAUAUUUCUGUUGAAUCAGGGGGGGGAAAAAAAAAGUAAAAGUUUUUCUGGUCUAAAAGGCUCCAUUAGGCAAAGGAACUACAGCUGUUCCUUUUCCUCAUUCAGGCUACACACUGACCUGCACAUCAUGUGCUGCUGAAAUACUGCAUGUGUGUGGUGGAAGAGCACGGUAUCAUCAGCAAGGAAGAUUCCAAGGAAAUAACAGAACCCCAGCAGGUUGAUCUGUGCCUCGUGCUCCUGCCUGACGUGCAGUGAGUCGAUGUGCUCACACCUCCCAUGGGAAGGCUGCUGUGCUUCGACAUCUCUGGAGCCAAUUUUGAAUGUGAUGGAAGGAGAUGCUGAGCCGUAUCAUCACACACAAGUCAGAGCCCUCCUGGAUCUGUCUGGUGCAGCUCAGGUCAAAGGGGUAUGGAUGGGAUCCACCACUAUACCAUGUACCUACACACCUUCACGAGGUUUCACACAGCAGGUGCUCACCUGGCGCGUGGAGAGAGACCUCAGCACCUCCACCAUCUUUCGGAGGGAUGCUUCUGGUGAUCACAUCCUGUUAUCUCGGUUCCGAAACCGAGUCAGUGUCCCAAAGAGCAGCCCAGGGGAUGCCUCACUCCACAUCACAGACCUCGAAAUUCCUGACAGCGGACACUACACCUGUCAAGUCAGCUGGAGGUCUGAAAACUACAGCCUGAUAACGAAGGAGGUGACCACUACGGUUAAAGUCGCCAAAGUGGCUGUGACCAAGCCCACCAUUGUGGCUGGAGAGCUGGGGCUGGCUGUGCCGGUGGGAGCCAAGGCUAGCCUGACCUGUGUGGCACAAGGGUCCCCCCCCAUCAGCUACCACUGGUUCCGGAUGGCACCAGGCAGGAGUGGGCAGCUCCUGGGCAAUGAAGCUGAGCUGGUGUGGAGCAGCCUGCAGCCCUCUGAUGCAGGGGUGUACUACUGCGAGGUGAAGAACAGGGUCAAUACCCAGAUGGUGCAGCGCAGUGAUGCUGUUGAGCUGACAGUGAGAGAUCUGUCUGUCACGACGGAGGCACACCGCCCAGCCACAGAUCUGCCUGAAGCUGCAGUGACUUCUGAGAAUGUUGUGGGAUACCCAGAAACAGAUGAAACAACUCAGAGUUCCUGGAGGACUCACCUGUACCUGGUCAUCCCGAUUGCUGUGUUGAGUGGUGCUGUGGUUUUCCUUGUCAUUUUUGCUAUUGCUUGUGCUAGAAAGCCCAAAAAUGAAUCCAUCUAUGAAGUUGCUUUCCACAGCACUGCAGAUGUGAUUAGACUGGACACUGAUGUGGAAGUCCCUGUUAAGUGCAGAAAAGAGAAGAUAAAUUCUGAGACUGAAGAAUCCUAUGAAAAUGUUACCGUGACAUGCAACAACUAUGAGAGCAUAACAGGCAACAGCUAUGAGAGCACGUGCCUGAGUAAAGAUGCUGAGAGUGAGACCCUUGUGAAUGCAAUGGAAUCAGAAUACGAAGUACAGAACUUUCAGUAGAGUACCAGCAUUUCCCACGUGAGCAGCUGUGCAGAAGAUGAGGCUACAGAUAUUGAGCGGUAAACUUUACCAAGGGAAACUAUUCUUCCUGUCUGCCUUCUCCUCUGAUAAAUAUACCAGUUUUACUGCUUUCUUUAACUCAGGGGAACCUCUUAGGAUUUGGCAAAUGAGUCCCUGCCCAGUGGUGCAGAAACCUUCAGCCAAGCAGCUGUCUGUCCACACAUUUUUAAAUAGCAAAUAAUUUCUGAGCAGCCUGAAGGAGCAAAGUGAGCAAGAAAGGGUCUGAAGGGGUGGAAACAGAAACGUCCUUUGCCUCCAGGACAAAGUGCAGCUGGGUGCAACACUGCUAGCCAAUAACACCAGCAAGGCACAGGCACACUCUCAAGUGCAUGUUCCCCUGUUUGGGCAUGCCAGACUGCGAGGAGCCAAGAACUGUACUGGAAAUGGAUGGCUUCUGGCUUUUAACAGUGCAGCAGACACUGGUUGUACUGCUUGUUUGUUCUGGAGUUGUCUUGUUGUUAGAGGAUACUAAAAAGACUACAGAAGGGGUUGAUAUCCCAGGAAUAUCAUUUAGCAAUCAAACUGGAGCUCCUCACAAGUGGGAAUAACCCUGUAGUUGAUGAACCUCUUAACUAGCACCCUCUGUUUUUCUUCUGGCAAAGCAGAGCUGGUUUUGAAGGGAUUACUAGCACUUCAUUUUGCAGUGUGGAAGCCAGAAGCAUGAUAAAAAAGCGUUGCAGAGAGAAAUCUGAGGCAUGUGGAACAGUGACUGAGUAAGGGAGAUCCUGGAUCCAACAGACUGACACCAACUCACUGUAUGGGACAUGACUAAAUCUGGUUACACUUGCGAUGUUCAUGCUUGUCUAUCUAAUGAGGGUGCCGUGAGCUUUCAUUUAUAAAAUGCCUUGAUUAGUGCACUGCCAUUUGUUUCCCAUGGCAAAUAUAAAGUACUUCAAAAGCAUCUGUAGUAGAUGCUUUCUGGCUUUCUUGGUGUUUUACCACACAGUGCCUUCAUAUGUCUGUUGUUUGCAAAUUUGUGCUCUUUCUCUGUCUUCUGGUUUGAUUAUGUAGAACGGAUAGCGGUACAGACCAGACAUGGCCAGCAUUUGACUUUUGGCCUUUGGCACAGUAGCAACAUCCUUUUCUCCAAAUUGGAAAGAUGGAUUUGAUCGGUGGACUGGUCAACAGACAACUGGAUGCAGAAUCGAGGCCAGAGAGUGUUUGUCAAUGGCUCCAUGUCUGGAUGGAGAUCAGUGAUGCGUGGUGUCCCCUGGGGGUCAGUACUGGGACUGAUACUCUUUAAUAUCUUCAUCAGUGACAGCAACAGUGGGAUCGAGUGCACCCUCAGCAGUUUGCUGAUACCCCAAGCUGUGAGGUGUGGCGGACACACCAGAGGGAUGUGAUGCAAAUGUGGGGUCUUGCACUUGGGUUGAGGCAACCCUCACUACCAAUACAAACUGGGGGAUGAAAGGAAUGAUAAAAAAGCAUUGCAGAGAGAAAUCUGAGGCAUUUGGAAUAGUGACUGAGUAAGGGAGAUCCUGGAUGAAAAAGCCCUGGGGGUACUGGUGGGUGGAAGGCUGGACAGGAACCAACAGUAUGCCUCGCAGCCCAGAAAGUCAACUGUAUGCUGGGCUGAAUCAAAAGAUGCGUGGCCAGCAGGGCAAGAGAGGUGAUCCUGCACCUCUACUCUAUGCUGUGAGGCUUCACCUGGAGCACUGCAUCCAGACAGGAGAGACAUAGACCUGUUGGAGAGCAUCAAGAGGAGGGCCACAGAAAUGAUCCCAGGGAUGGAAUACCUCUCCUACGAUGACAGGCUGCGACCCGGGGCUGUUCAGCCUGAAGAGAAGACUGUGAGGUGACCUGGGAGUGGCCUUUUGGUAUCUAAAGGGGAGCUGUGGGAAUGAAGGGGACAGCCUCUGUAGCAGGGUCUGUGGUGAUGGAACAAGGGUAAAUGGCUUCAAGCAUAAAAGGGGAGAUUUAGGUUGGAUAUGUGGUGGUGAGGCACCGGAACAGGUUGCAGAGAGAUGUGGAGGAUACUCCAACCCUGGAAACUUUCACGGUAAGGCUGGAUCAGGCCCUGGGCAACCUGGGAGCUGUGGAUGUCCCUGUUCAUUGCAGGGGAGUUGGACUAGAUGACCUCUGAAGGUCCCUUCCAACUGUAAGGAAUCUCUGACUCUGUGACUUGGAAGUUUGACCUGGGUUUCCUUUUUAGAGAGGACAGGUGAGAGACAUCAAGCCCACACCACGCUCCUCUCAUUAUUUCAACCACAGUUGCAGGCACUGCACGACGGCUGUGCUGCAGCACCAGGAUGCUGAGCUUCCUGAGUUGCAGGUAGCACCCAGCAGGACUGCGUCCCCCGGGGCUACGUGGGGCUCAGCCUCAUGCUAAGCAGUGAUCUGCACACAUGUGUUGCUGGUGCUUCCACCUGGCCUGCUCCCUGCUCCUGCCUGCUGGAGAGGAGGGUAGCUGUGUCCUGGCUGAGGAGGAGAAGUGCUGGGAUUGCUGGAAAUAUGUGCAAGGGGCUCUUUUGCUUUGUCUCUGGGUAGCUCAUCCUGAAAGGGCUGUGUGCUCUUUGUAACUCAUGCACUCACUGCAGAGUGCACCUCACAGAAGCUGGCCUUGAAGGCGCAGGGUUGAAACAGUAGUGUUGGUGCUGCCAGUCUUGGGUGAAGCAGGACAAAAGAAAUGAGGAAAAUGGGGAGCUGCAGCCCUUUGCACAGGGAGCAGAAGCAUAUGGUAUGAGGCCAGUGCUGUGUUGGAAGGAACUGAAAGCUUCUGAGCUUCCCAAUUGUCAUCACAGCAGACAAAAUGUAGAACAUGGCUCUCUUUUCUUCCAUUCCAAGUCUCAAGCUCAUUCAUUUACAGCUAGCCUAAUGUGUUAGGCAAGAUUUACUUUCAAUAUAAGCUCCAGACUUCACAUUCCCUCACUGACUAUGUAACAAUGUGAUUUCUCCAAACUGCGCUUCCUCCCAGCAUCAAUCUUCCUUGAGCAACUCCAGGCAGUUUCCUCAGGAGCCCUGAAUUCAAGGAGAGGCUGCAAAAGAAGAAAGCAACAGGAACAAAGAAAGAGGUAGCAAACACCUCAGCUGGUGCACAUCCUGAGUACCUCAGCUGUUGGCACUGCCUCCAGUCCAGGCAGCAAAAUGGCCUUGGUCACCAGGGAAAGGCACACACAUUCUCCUGUGCCCAGGUUGUUGUUCCCUCUAUGCACCACAUACUUAUUUUUUUAUUUAUAUUUUUUGUGUGCUUGGUAGUAAAAGCCGGUGGGAACAGAAUGUUUUCCUUCUGAAAGCCGUAGAGGGCUCUGCUGUGUCACAUCUCAUCAAACAGAACUUCUCCUUUCCUUGUGCUGGUCAUUCACCCAGUGACAUGGCUCAUCUGACAGAGCCCAGUUCUACACCAGCACAGAAAGGGAAACCUCAGCUUCCGCUCUGAAACUACAGGGUCUCCAGAAAAGUACACUAUUUCUAGCAGCCAGCACAGUAUCAUGAGACUUGAAGCUCCCCUCACUUCUGUACAGCUGUGCAGACCUGCUGGCUUCUAAACUGCCAGGUUUAGGCCAGCCAUCAGAGCCCUCCUGAACCUGCUGCUCUCAACAGAGAGAGGAGAGGAAGGCUCUGGUAGAGAAGUUUGUCCCCUUCUGCUUUGGUAUUUCUCAUAGAAUAAGAAUGGACUAACUUUUUGGAAAGCAAAAGCUGUAAAUGCAUAACAAAACAACUGUAAAGAGCUUAAAAUGAACACUGGGCUAGCUGUACUGCAUUGCACUGCACAACACUUCAGGCCUGCUGCAACCUGGAGGUCUGUGAGGGUGACGAGAGCUGGGGCUGAUGUAUCUACCAGCUACAUUAAGGAUCCACAGAGGACAAAACAAACCCUCAAAUAAUAGACUGCUCUCUUUUGAAGCUGACCUCAGUGAUACUGAUCAGAGUGAUGUCUGUGAGUCAUGCGUAGGUGUUGGAAAGAGACCACGGGAGUGUGAGUCACAGCGGGUAGGACCAUGUUUGUCCAGAAGCACGCAGUGAGCCCUGCUGAUAGGACUUACUCAGAAAGCAGAACACAGUUUGCUUAGGCCAAACUACAUGUUAAUUGGUCCCAGCUUUGUACAAACUCCAACUUCUUCAAAAUAUUUAGGAAAAAAAAAAACAAAACUUAGUAUUAAAAAAUAUCAAUAUUUUCAAAUACCACAAAAUUU